AUGUCCAGUGAAAAUAAAAACUUGAAGCUUGCUAUUGUUGGUACCGGUAUUUUUGCCACAGAUAAGCACUUGCCAACUCUUGACAAACUCCCUAACUUAACACCAGCCGCAUGCUACAACAGAACCAAGGCUAAGGCCGAGACAUUCGCUAGUAAGGCCAAAAUUGAUCCAUCGCAAGUGUACGAAUCGUUGGAAGAUAUUAUCAAAACUGAUAGUGUUGAUUUUGUGGAUGCUUUAUUGCCAGUUCAAUACAACUUGGAUGCCGUGAAAUUGGCCGUCAAGUACAAUAAGCCAAUUUGUAUUGAAAAGCCAAUUGCUGCUAAUUUGGCUCAGGCCAAGGAAAUAGUACACUUAGCUAACGGCUCUGAUGUACCAAUAAGUAUCUUGGAAAACUGGUCAUACUUGAAGGCCAUUGAGAUUAUAAAGAAGGAUGUGCUUCCAAAGAUUGGCGAUGUCGUGUCAUUCACUUACAAAUCUACUGGCGCAUGGAACGAUAACAAUAAAUAUUUGGCCACUUCGUGGAGACAAAGCCCUGAACACAUUGGGGGUUUCUUAAGUGAUGGUGGUGUUCACCAAUUGGCGUUAUUGACUGACGUACUUGGAGAAGUUGAAAGUGUUUCUGGAUUAACUAAGCAAAUCAGAGAAGAAAGUGGUACAGACGAUAUCUUAUUCUCCACUAUGAAAAUGAAGACAGGUACUAUUGGUACUUUCACUUACGGUUCUUCUUUCGGUGCCACCGAUAAGUCCACUAGUUUCAUUAUCUACGGUACUAAUGGUUCUGUAGUCUACGACUUUUCACCAGACUUACCUAAACCAACCAUCACAUACCAAACUGGUCCUUCUUCUCAACAAGCUUCUGAAAAGACUGUCAUUGAAGUUGACGAAAAUGAUACUUUUGUGGAAGAAUUUAAGAAUUUUGCUGAAGCAGUUACUAAGAACGAUAAGUCAGUCGUCCAUGUCACUGCUGCCAAGGCUUAUCACCAUUUGGCUAUUGUUGCUGCUGCUUUAGAUAGUUCUGCUAAAAACGGAGAUUCUGUUAAGGUUGAACAACCAUAG